AUGUCGAAGCAAGAGAGCGACGCUGCGCGGAAGUCGGCGGUCGACGACGAUGAGCCCGAUGACUGGUACGUUGGACUCGACCCAACUCUCGUGAGACUUGUCGCUCGCCACCCAAAGCCGGCGAGGCGGGAAAAGAAAACUCCAGGCGAGAAAAAGAAGCAAAGGAAAAACAGAGGAUAUGGUUUCUCGGCUGACGAUACAAUGCAGGGACAAGCGCAUCUUCAGUACGGGUUGCGCAGGUACGGCAUCCCCCACAUCCCCUCGGAUCCUGUACGCCGCCGCUCAGCUGGAAACGCGGACGAUGCUAACCCUAACCUGCUCUGUUCGUAG